AUGCGCUUCACUGCCCUCAUCGCAGCCACCAUGGCCCUGGCAGGCUCUGCCGCGGCACAGUGCCACGCUGGCGGCACUGCCAAUUGCAAGCCGGGCUUCAACUACUGCGCCAAAACCUUGAACGACCGAGGUGAUGCGAACUCCGCUAUCGCAGACGCGCUGAGAGCUUCGGGCCAUGAGGUGAAGGCAGGACUUCCUGGCACUUGGGACAACUUCAUCUUUCAUUGCAAUGAUGAUUACACGCUGGAGCUGGUGCAGCAGUGCGAUAGCAGCUUUUGUGUGGAUGGUGGCCUCAACAAGAACGAUCUCUGCGGGGAGAAAUGGCACCCUUUCUGA